UCUAGGCAAAGGGUCGUGGGAAGAUAGGGCAACAAUGGUCACGUAUAGAGUUCACCAGAAGCAGAUCAGUGAUCGCCUCCAGGUGCAAUUCAUCUACGAGAACUCACCAGUGUUUGCUGGAACGGAUGAGUUGUCGCUUCUAGUACGAUUCAAGUACACUGGAGACAUCUCAAACAUCAAUCUUGGAGUCCCGUUGCAUGACCCAUUCACUGGUGCAAACUCUUUGAGGGAAGAUAACUCUGGUCGGGUGCAGGUCCACACAUCCACGUCUGCCGAGGAACAAAAUGCAGAACCACCAAAGGACAAUGACUCCUCUAGUGGAUGGUUCGGGUCUCGUCUUUCGUCUCAGCUUUCGAACGCUACUAGAUCUUUAUUUCUACAGAACUUGAACAGCUUGAGCGAAGAAGAUGAAGAGUCAAACGGGUUGACAAUCGCUAAGAAGGCUCAAGAAGAGAAAAGAUUGACCUUAUUUUUAGGUUAUGCGCAAAUACUUGGACACUACUUGAUCAACGAUACAAUAAUCGAUUACUCUAUUUUCAAAGAUUUAGAAAAGAGCACUAUAAUAGAGGGAAAAUAUGCUGGGAUCCAAGGACUAGAUGCAGUUUCUCAGGAAUCAGAUAACAGUGGUGGGCUGUUAUCUGGCUUAAGUGCCACGUACAAUACAGAGAUGAACUCAUCUGUCGAUUCAAAAAUGGUAGAAAAGAUGAAGUUUAUACCGUUCUAUAGCACGAAUCAGAACAUAAUAUUCAGCGAGCUGGUUUUCGACCCAGAGACUUGGACAGCCACUUCACAGCACACAGAAAGUGUCAAAUCCUUUUACAUCAACUGUCAACUGCCGAAAGACCUGCCACCAACCUAUUGCACAGAAGCCGUGCAAAUCAACUACAACUUCAUCUUGGGAUACCAGAUGAUGGAAGGAAAUAACAUAGUUAGCAAGACUGUUUUUGUCCCUCUGAAAAUUCAGCCGUUCAUCGACAACUGCGGUAGGCAACCCGUCUAUCACUUGAAUAAGGCUAGAUUGAAUACCUACAUGGAGGACUUGACUGCAGAUGAUGUUUCUAGCCACCUAUCUUCUGUCAAAAGUGAUUCUUUCUUUCAAAGUGGAAACAUAUUACCUAAUGGACAGGUUACUCAACACCAACCAUCAAGAAGAAUUAGCUUCUGGAACUUGAAGAGAAAAUUGAAGAAGAGCAAAUCCCGCAGUUCAAGUAUCUCAACCGUUGGUAGCGGUCUAGAAAAAAGAAGACUAUCUUCAGUCACAUCUAUUUCCAGUGUUGAGAAAUUGGAUGAAAAAGUCAGUGAGUUUUUGGAUAUACUGGAUUCUCUUGACCAGGCUGACGUUAACAAUAUCAUUCAAAUUCAGGAACAAUUUGAGAAAAAGAUGAACGAAACAAAAUCCUUCAGAUUCAACGUAAGAGAAAACCUAAUGCAAAUCAUGGCAGAUUAUAAGUAUGUGCAGAGGCAAAAGUUAAGUAAGAAAGACUUUGACGACCAUCUAGAAUAUGAUUAUCUUUUACCAAAAGAACAACAAACCAAGUACAUUAUCAAGCAAAAUCAUGGUAUAAUUUCUACUUUAUUUUUAAAUAAAGGAAUUUUCAAAUUAGGUGAUCUAGUCAGCCUAAACAUAUCAUUUGCAGAAUGCAAGUACAAAACAAAAGGAAUUGAGGUUCAGCUUUUAAAGCACCAAAUUUUCCAUCGUGAUGAAUACCUUAAGAAAGGGAAUUAUGACGAGGUUUCUUCUAGACUAGACAAAAACAUUUUAGAGACAAUUCUUUAUGAAAAGGUGAUGUCUGCCUUCGAUGCGACCUCUAUCAAUAUGGACAUACUAAUUCCUGUAGAGGCAGAGCCUCAGUUCAAAACAAACUUCUUCAUUUCAAAGUAUUAUUUACAGGUACGAUUCAUUAUCAUAGACAGCAUGGGGAAAGCAAGAAAUGCUGAAGCUGCUAAUCACGCCGCAGGAAAUGGGACGGUAGACGAAGAAGCGGCAGACGCAGAAGGCAAGAAGAUCAAUUGCGAUUUGAGGAACAUUUUCAUAGACACCACCGGGUCAAUGCUUUUCAGAGCCAAGGAGCACCUAAGCAAUGCAAAUGAGUUCUACAUUCGUAUUCCCUUGGUGGUACUCCCAACGUAUGAGCAAGAUUUUGGUAUUGUUACAACCAAAGUUUGACGUGUGUGUAGCAUUCAGUUAAUCGUGUAUAUUUUAGUGUAAUCUUAAGCCUUGAAAAACAUAACGCGUAAAGCCGCCAAAAAUUAUCGGAGA